AUGACUGUGGAUCCCGAAAUUGUGGGUAACAAGGAAGUAGGUGGUGCGUACGCGCUGAAGGUAUUUCAGGCGUCGCUAAAUAUUUUGUCUCAUCUACUGAUCGGAAUUGUGGUGGGAGUUUCACUUCUCUUCUCCUUCAGAAAUGGAUUGCCCUUAAAUGUUAUUAUGUUGCACAUUGUUCUCUGCGUUAUUGGAUAUCAACUCCUAAUGGCAGAAUCUAUAUUAAGUUUAUCAGCUGACAACGGCUGGUCUGGUGUUUUGAGAUUCAAAGACAAGCGGAUGGCCCACACAAUCCUACAAGUCGGAGGUUCCGCUCUUGCACUAGUUGGGAGUUUUCUUGUUAUGGUCGAUAAGACCGUAAAUUUCAAUACACUGCAUGGACAAUUCGGUCUUGUAGCUGUGGUAUUCACUGCCGUCAGCCUUGUGAAUGGCCUCACCUCGCUCUACGCUUUUGAAUGGAGAAGAUUUUGCCCUGGCAACAUUUCCAAGAUCACACACAUCUGUUUCGGUAUCGUCGCAUUCGCGUCCUCUUCCAUCAGCUUGUGUUAUGGCUUUGACAAAUUCUCCUUCAGACUGUGGGCUAGUGACGCAUUCACGAAUGCUACUAUAGCUUGCACGGCCUGCUUCACAACUAUAAUCAUUAUCAAUCCAACAAUUAACUUCUUCAAGAAAUCAUAUCGCUUAAUUGUUAAGUAG